AUGUAUAAGAAUCGUGUUGAAUUGACUACUACUGCCCCUGUCAAUCGGGCGUUGCCGAAUGCUCCCGACGGAUACACCCCUCAAGGCGAGACCUGCCCCUCGAAAAGGCCAUCUAUCCGCAAUGCCACUGCACUAUCGAGCGCCGAGACAUCGUGGCUGAAAGCGCGAAGAAACAAUACCAAGGAUGCCCUGAAAGCAUUUCUCAGCCGAGUUGACCUCGGUUCUUUCAAUGGGUCUGACUAUAUUGCUAAUCAUUCAGCUAAUGCAUCUGCGUUGCCCAAUAUCGGAAUUGCAGUAUCUGGCGGUGGCUAUCGCGCCUUGAUGAAUGGCGGAGGUGCACUGCAGGCGUUUGAUAAUCGGACCACGAACUCAACCCACAGCGGCCAACUGGGCGGGAUCCUACAGUCAGCGACUUAUCUUUCGGGACUCAGUGGCGGGAGUUGGCUGGUUGGGUCGAUAUAUAUGAAUAAUUUCUCGGAUGUAUCGUCGCUGCAAGACAAUGGUUCUGUGUGGCAGUUUCAGGAUUCUAUCUUCAGUGGUCCGACUCAGAGCACCACAUGGGAUAUCGGCACGGUGGAGUAUUAUUCUCAGCUGUUGGGUGCGGUGGACGGGAAAUCGAAUGCCGGCUACGAGGUCUCUAUCACAGAUUACUGGGGACGUUCUCUCUCUUACCAGCUCAUCAACGCGUCCGAAGGUGGCGUCGGUUAUACCUGGUCGUCGAUUGCUCUAAGCAAGGAUUUCCAAGCCGGGACGAUGCCUAUGCCCUUGGUCAUCGCUGAUGGUCGAGCUCCGGGCGAGAUCCUAGUACCCGCGAACACUACAGUCUUCGAGUUUAACCCUUGGGAAUUCGGAAGCUGGGACAAAUCUCUAUCCGCCUUUGUUUCCCUAGAAUUCCUGGGGUCGAAUUUCUCCAAAGGAACACUAGCGACAGGUGAAAAGUGUGUUCGAGGAUUCGAUAACGCAGGGUUCAUCAUGGGCACGUCAUCAUCCCUGUUCAAUCAGGCAUUUCUGCAGAUGAACAAUACCGAUGCGCCAUCCGUCGUGAAGGACGCCAUCAGUGCGAUUCUGGGGAAAAUCGGGUCCGAGAACAAUGAUAUCGCCGUGUACAAGCCGAACCCGUUCUAUCGCUAUGCGAGCCAGUCCAAAUACACAUCAUCGCCCUCGUUGACCCUGGUGGAUGGAGGAGAAGACCUCCAGAACAUCCCGCUCGAUCCCCUUCUUCAGCCCCAACGUCACGUUGACGUGAUUUUGGCUGUCGACUCGUCAGCGGACACGACUACCAGGUGGCCCAAUGGGACAUCCCUGGUCGCCACAUACGAGCGAAACGUAGACUCAUCACAAAGGAACAGUAGUCUCCCCUUUCCGUCUGUGCCUGACCAAAACACAUUCGUCAACCUGGGGUUGAACAACCGUCCGACAUUCUUUGGCUGCAAUAGUUCAAACGCGACUGGCGCCCCGCUUGUCGUUUAUAUUCCAAACGCCCCGUAUAUAUACCCGUCCAAUGUGUCCACAUUCGAUCUGCAAUACAAUACUAGUGAGCGCAACGCCAUCAUUGAGAAUGGGUACGAUGUGGCAACACUGGGAAAUGGGACAGUGGACUCUAACUGGCCGGCUUGUCUGGCUUGCGCGAUAUUGAGUCGGAGUUUUGAACGCACAAAUACGACUGUCCCAAAGACCUGCUCGACGUGUUUCAAGACGUACUGUUGGAAUGGUACCAUAAAUGCAACGACUCCCGGGGAUUAUUAUCCGACGCUGAAGCUGCACUAG